UUGUGUUCUUUAUUCUUUCGGGCGAAUUUCAAUUGCGUCCAAGCAAAGCGCCACUACCCCAAAUUUCGCGUAUUUAUUCCUCGAUUUUGCCUUUCGGUGGAUUUCGCAAUCAGAUCUGCUCGAUUUUGAUUAUAAGACGUGUAGAGAAGUCAUGAUUUUGAGUCAAACGAUGGUUGCUGAGUCUGAGAUCAGGGUUCUCGACGUUAAGUGCCAUAUCUCCUCUGCGAAAGAGCAGAAGAAUUUUCAGAUCGACGAAGUUCGAGUUUCUGAGUCGGUGCGUGCUGAGAUUUCGGGUUCCGCUGAAACGCCUCGAUUCGGAUCGGGCAUGAGUUUUGCAAAUACUACCAUUGAAGAACCCACAAGCGAGUUUUUUCCAACUAUACGUUCAGGGAGCUUUGCUGACAUUCGAGGCCGAGAAACCAUGGAGGAUGAACACAUUUGCAUAGACGACUUGUCAGCUCAGCUUCGAUCCUUCAACUUCUCUGUACCAAGUGCUUUCUACGGAGUCUUUGAUGGCCAUGGUGGACCUGAGGCAUCACUUUACAUGAAGGAGAACUUGACAAGAUUGUUUUUCCAAGAUGCUGUGUUUCCAGAGAUGCCCUCCAUCGUUGAUGCCUUUUUCUUAGAAGAGCUGGAGAACUCUCACCGAAAAGCCUUUGCUUUGGCUGAUCUCGCCAUGUCUGAUGAAAGCAUUGUCAGUGGUUCUUGCGGAACAACCGCAUUGACCGCUCUCAUAAUCGGACGACAUCUUCUGGUCGCUAACGCUGGAGAUUGCCGUGCAGUGCUAUGCCGGAAAGGAGUGGCUGUUGAUAUGUCUUUCGACCACAGAUCAACAUACGAGCCAGAACGAAGACGGAUCGAAGAUCUAGGAGGGUACUUUGAGGACGGGUACCUUAACGGGGUCCUCGCUGUCACACGUGCCAUUGGUGAUUGGGAACUGAAGAACCCUUUCACUGGCUCUUCUUCACCUCUGAUCUCAGACCCAGAGAUUCAACAGAUCAUUCUAACAGAGGACGACGAGUUCUUGAUUUUGGCUUGUGAUGGUAUAUGGGAUGUGUUGUCUAGCCAGAAUGCAGUGAGUAACGUAAGGCAAGGACUUAGGAGGCAUGGUGACCCGAGACAAUGUGCGAUGGAGCUUGGAAAAGAAGCAGCGAGGCUUAACUCAUCAGAUAAUCUUACGGUCGUGGUCAUCUGCUUCUCCUCGCUCCCGUCUUUACCUCAGCAAUCGCAGAGGAGAAGAUUAAGGUUCUGUGUCUCUGAUGAAGCUCGAGCUCGGUUACAGGCAAUGCUUGGAGGCGACUAAAUGCAGCUAUUUUGGCGUAUAUAACAAACAGGGAUCGGUAUUUAGACCGAUCAAGCGAUUUAUUUCUCUAAUUUGAGAUUGGAUUGGAUGAGAGAUAAUAAGAGACUUAGGCAGAGAUAGAGAGAGGAGAAGACAAUGUUUGUAAUGUGGUUGGUCAUUUUUGAUUCAUCUGUUUUUUUGGUUGUUUCAGAACAGAGAGUGAGAGAAAAAGCAGCCUGAAGUUUUGUUAGGAUUAUUGAAAGCAGAAACACCAAACUGGUAAAUGAGGAUUUCAGAAUUUGUUUUGUUUUGAGGAUUAGUGAUGUACCCAUUAUUGGUUUAAGAGAUAUUUAAUUCAACUUUUCUAAAUCUAAAUUUUGUUUGAGAGCAUGAGGUUUGUCUGGAAUUUCUCUCCCAUAUCUAUGGAACUUGAGAGUUUUUUU